AUGUCCGUUGAAUUCUGCAAGACCUACUCGCAACUUAUCGGGUUAUCUCCGGACGCCCCAGCUUCUGCGUUCCACUCCACCGAAAACUACAACCAGUUGGGCUCGUUGGGCCCGAGCUUGCCCAAAGUGGAGCACGCGUUCCCAAAGACCCGCACGCCGGCCCUGCAAGACGCGGCCGUCGACAUCCACUUGCGGUCGAUCCGCCCCCCAUACAAGUUCUCUACAACGUUGCAAAGCGUGCACUCUUCCCAGUCCGUAUACAAGGUCAAAAGUCUUUUGGUGUCUGCCGUGGACGCGUUGCAGCAGGCAGGCGUCACGCCGUCCAACUUGAAGUUCAUGAUCAAGUCGAAAGUGCUCACGGACUCCACCUCUAUUUCCUCUUUGGUGCCGGACGGCACGGAACUCUCCAUCACCGUCAUGGUUUCUGCGCCCUCGGCCGACAAGUCGCCAGAACCCGCCGCUGGUUCCGACGCUGACCCCCCUGCCAUAUCUGCCGGAACAUGGGGCAAGAUCCACGACCUCUUGGUGGCCGAAGUGGGCGCCGAGAACGGCCAGCGGAUCCUUGGCAAGUUCCGUUCCGUGGCCUAG